AUGGCUGGAUCUGGAGGUGGUGAGCUGAGAGCUCCGAUCUUCAAUGGUGAGAACUAUGAGUUCUGGAGCAUACGGAUGAAAACCAUCUUCAAGUCUCAUGGGCUUUGGGAAUUCGUUGAGAAAAGGGUAGAGAUCUCAGAUUCGAAGGGAUCUGCUGGAUCUGAUGAGAAGAAGAAAGACAAGGAGGACUCAAGUGAUGCUGUGAAGAUAUCUUUCACAGAGGCACUUAUGAAAGAUGCUAAGGCUCUGGGUCUUAUCCAAGGAGCAGUUUCUGAGGAAAUUUUUCCUAGGAUUGCUCAUGAAGAAACCUCGAAGGGAGCCUGGAAUCUCUUGAUGCGAGAAUUUCAUGGAGAUAAACAGGUGAGAGGUGUAAAAUUACAAAGUUUACGAAGAGAUUUUGAAUAUACUAGGAUGAGAGAUGAUGAAUCUUUGUCUGCUUACCUUGCAAAACUAUUUGAUCUUAUAAACCAAAUGAGAAGUUAUGGUGAGGACUUAUCUAAGGGACGAGUAGUGCAGAAACUGUUGAUUAGUUUGCCUGCAAUGUAUGAUCCGAUAUGUUCUGUGAUUGAGCACUCAAGGGAUAUAGAUACAAUUGAAGUUCAAGAGGUUGUUGCCUCAUUAAAAGGUUUUGCACAGAGAUUGGAGAGACACACUGAGCCUAAAACUGAGAAAGCAUUUGCUAGUCUCAGUGUGAAUUCUAAAACUGAUAAAACUACAGGAAAGCAAAGUGCAAAAGAUCAUAAGAAUUGGAAAGAUAAAGGAAGAAAAUGGGAUAACAAACCCAUUGAUGGAGCUAAAAAUCCUUGCAAGCAUUGUGCUGAUAAAAGGCCUAUGGAAGAUGUGUGGUACUUGGACAGUGGUUGUAGUAACCACAUGACUGGCAGGGAAGAUGUUCUGAUUGAUAUUGAUAGAAGUAUAACUGCAAAAGUUGCAAUGGGAACAGGACAGUUAGUUGAUGUCUUGGGAAAAGGAAGUUUGGUAGUUGAUACAAAGAUGGGAAAAAGAUAUAUCAAGGAAGUAAUGCUUGUAUCUGGUCUUAAGGAGAAUUUGCUUAGUGUUGGACAGAUGAUGGAGCAUGGAUAUUUUCUUAUCUUUGGAGAUAGCAAAGCAGAUGUCUAUGAUGAUGGCUCACUGUCUAAUCUGGUGGCUAGAGUUCAGAUGAAAGGGAAUAGAAGUUUUCCUUUAAAUCUGCACACAGAGUUACAAGUAGCAUUAAAAGCAAGUGUAUGUCAAUCAACUCUGACUUGGCAUAGGAGAAUGGGACAUCUAAACUUCAACAGUUUGAAAUUACUGCAGAAUGAAGGAAUGGUGCUAGGACUGCCAGAGAUUAAAACCACAAGUCAUGUGUGUGAAGGGUGCACUUUUGGAAAGCAUUGCAGGGAGUCUUUUCCAAAAGAAGCUACAAGCAGAGCUGCAUUUCCACUUGAGUUGGUACACACAGAUGUGUGUGGACCAAUGCAAACUGCUACGAAGUCAGGAAAUAGGUAUUUUCUCACAUUCAUAGAUGAUAGAACUCGAAUGUGUUGGAUAUAUUUUCUGAGAUACAAGUCUGAAGUAUUUAGUGUGUUUAAAAAGUUUAAAGCUAUGGUUGAAUUGCAAAGUGGCUAUAAACUAAAAAAAUUAAGAAGUGAUAGAGGGGGUGAGUAUACUUCUACAGAAUUCAGCAAGUUUUGUGAUGACAUGGGAAUGGAAAGGCAGCUGACAGUUGCUCAUUCUCCACAGCAGAAUGGUGUAGCUGAAAGGAAGAAUAGAUCAAUUGUUGAAAUGGCAAAAUGUAUGAUGUUUGAGAAGAAAAUGCCUCUGGAAUUUUGGGCUGAAGCAGUUAACACUGCUGUAUAUGUAUUGAAUAGAUGUCCUACUAAAGCUUUAGAGAAGAAAACACCCUUUGAAGCUUAUAGUGGAAGAAAACCAGGGAUCAAGCAUCUAAGAGUGUUUGGUUCCUUGUGUUAUGCUCAGAUUCCAGAGCAGCAGAGACAGAAGUUUGAUCAAACUAGCACAAGGUGUGUGUUUCUUGGUUAUGGCAGCUGUGAAAAAGGUUACAGGUUAUACAAUCUUGAAUCGGGCAAAGUGAUCAUUUCUAGAGAUGUUAUUUUUAAUGAGGAAAGUAGUUGGGACUGGAAUGCACAAAAAGAAUCCAGCAUUUCAAUUCCACUCACUGAUGUUGUUGCUGAGAAUGGAAAAGAGAUUGAUGAGGCAUAUGGAGUUCAAACAGAAAUGGCUGAAGAAAAUGAAGCAGAACACACUGAAGCUGUCACAGGUCCUCAGGAGUUUGAUCACACUCCUAGAAAAUUUAAAAGUAUAGCUGAAGUUUAUGAAAGAUGUAAUGUGUGUAUAAUUGAACCUGAGUCAUUUGAAGAAGCUGUCAAGGAUGAUUCAUGGCAGAAAGCAAUGGAAAAUGAGAUUCAUAUGAUAGAGAAGAAUGACACUUGGGAUUUGGUUGAUAGACCAUCGGAUAAACCAGUCAUUGGGGUUAAAUGGGUGUAUAAAACCAAGUUAAACUUGGAUGGUUCUGUUCAAAAGAAUAAAGCAAGGCUGGUGGCAAAGGGCUACUCUCAAAAGCCUGGGAUAGACUUCAAUGAGACGUUUGCACCAGUGGCAAGGCUUGACACAAUUCGGAUUUUGGUAGCUUUGGCUGCACAGAAAGGGUGGAAACUGUUUCAGUUGGAUGUUAAAUCGGCUUUUCUGAAUGGAGUGUUACAUGAAGAAGUUUAUGUUGAUCAACCACCUGGUUUUGUGGUUAAGAACAGAGAGGAUGGAGUUUACAGAUUGAAGAAAGCUUUGUAUGGUCUUAAACAAGCCCCAAGAGCUUGGUAUGAAGAGAUUAACUCUUAUUUUGAGAAGUCUGGUUUCAGGAGAAGUCUUAGUGAGGCAACUCUGUAUGUGAAGUCUGCAAGGAGUGGAAUUCUUAUAGUUUCACUUUAUGUGGAUGACAUCAUCUAUACUGGAAGUUCUAAGGAGCUACUGUUGGAUUUCAAGACUGAAAUGAUGAAACAAUAUGAGAUGACAGAUCUUGGCCUGUUACAUCAUUUUCUGGGGUUAGGAGUGAUACAGACUGAAGCCUAUAUUUUCUUGCAUCAGAAGAAAUAUGCAAAGACUCUUUUGGAUAGGUUUGGUCUCAAGGAUUGCAAGGCAUGUGCUACUCCUCUUGCAGUGAAUGAGAAGUUGUCUAAGCAGGAUGGCAGUGAACAGGCAGAUGAGAGUUUAUACAGGCAGGUAGUGGGAAGCUUGUUGUAUCUGACUGCAACAAGGCCUGAUAUUAUGUUUGCAGCCAGUCUAUUAGCUAGAUUUAUGCAUGGUCCUACCAGAAAACACAUGGGAACUGCUAAGAGAGUUCUUAGGUACAUUCAAGGUACACUAGAUUAUGGCAUAGUCUAUGAAAGAGGAGAGGAAGCAGUGCUAAUUGGCUAUUGUGAUAGUGAUUGGUCAGGGAGUGAGGAGGAUAUGAAGAGCACCUCUGGAUAUGCAUUUCACCUUGGUUCUGGUGUCUUUUCUUGGGCAUCAGUUAAGCAAAGCAGUGUGGCUCUCUCCACUGCAGAAGCUGAAUAUGUGAGUGCAGCUGAAGCAACUGCACAAGCAAUGUGGUUGAGGUUUGUUCUCUCAGAUUUUGGUGAAGAACAGAUCAGCUCAACAUCAAUUCUCUGUGAUAAUACCUCAGCUAUUGCUAUAGCAAAGAAUCCUGUGCACCAUCACAAGACAAGGCAUAUCAAUAGGAGAUUUCAUUUUAUCCGAGAUGCCUUGCAAAAUGGAGAAAUUGAUUUACUGUAUUGCAAGACAGAAGAACAGACUGCUGAUAUUUUUACCAAAGCUCUAGCCAGAGAUCGGUUUGAGUAUUUGAGGAAGAAGCUUGGUGUUAUUUCAGCUAAACACUUAGAAGGGAGUGUUGAAAUAUAA